GUUUCCUUCUCGGGUUCCUUUGAUGAAAUGCUGAGCGCGGCCGUUGGGAGCUGUGGGACCGACAGACAGGUUCCCUCAAAGCAGCAUUGUGCCUCCUCGGGGCCCAGCGCCUCUGAGCCGCUUGUCAUGUUGAGGGCAGGGCGCUGAUGCAGGCCCCUUUAAUUAUUCCCACUAGGGAGGGGCGGUGACUCCGUACUUCGUUCUGCCAAGGGAGAUAUUGCAACCUAGCAUGUUCUGAGCUCCUAGUAUGGGCUUGCCAUGCUUUCACACGCCUGAUUCUUCGUUUUGGGAGUUAGAAAGACCUUUGUGGAUCUUAUGAAAGUUAUGGAGUUAGAAUGACCUUUGUGGGUCUUAUGAAAGUUAAGGACCUUCUCUCCAAGAAGAGUACAUUCGCAAAUAUACAUAUUUUGUAUACAUUUUCAGGGAGUUCAGAAGCCCUCACCAGCCCAUCCAUGGACUUGUUUUAAUUUUCACAAACACCCUGUGAAAUAGGUAUUAUCGUCCCUAUUUUAAAAAUAAGAAAACUGAGACUCAAAGAAGUUAAGGGAUUUCUCAAAAGUAAUUUAGUAAGCUGUAUGAUCAGAUUUGGAGUCCCUAGGGGGGUGUAAGCGUUUAAUAUGUGUAACACAUGCGCUAGUCUGCUAACUGAAAGGUCAGAGGUUCGAGUCCACCCAGAGGCACCUGUAAGAAAGACUUGGCAAUCUACUUCCGAAAAAUCAACCAUUGAAAACCCUACAGAGCACAAUUUCUCUGAGGUACAUGAGGUCGCCAUGAUUAGGAGUCCACUCCAUGGCAGCUGGUAAACUGGUAUGAUCCGACUUGAGCUCCCAGGACUCCCUGAUUCCAAAGCUCAUGUGCUUUCCUCUGCACCACGUUGCACUACGCUGUAUGACUUUGGCUUUCAAGACCCUCUUCCCACAAAGCCUCCGUGUACUCAGCCGAAAAGAACUGUGCGUAUUCCGAGAGCGACAUCACCAACCUGACAUAAGACAGUUCAGCCAGUGUUCAGAAACAGAUCUGAUUCAUGGGUGCGGCCUCCUCCUGAGAAAAAAGCCUGUUCUAUCAUUCCAGAGAGGCAGCCUAAGACCACGUGCCACCUGCCUUGUUUUCUCUCCAGGAUCGCAUGUGGGACUCUGCAGUGGCUCCAGUGAGAUGGCCGAGCAGCGGUUCUGUGUGGACUAUGCCAAACGUGGCACUGCUGGCUGCAAAAAAUGCAAGGAAAAGAUUGUGAAGGGUGUUUGCCGAAUUGGCAAAGUGGUGCCCAAUCCCUUUUCAGAGUCUGGGGGUGAUAUGAAAGAGUGGUACCACAUUAAAUGCAUGUUUGAGAAACUGGAGCGGGCCCGGGCCACCACAAAAAAAAUCGAGGACCUCACAGAGCUGGAAGGCUGGGAAGAACUAGAAGAUAAUGAGAAGGAACAGAUAACCCAGUACAUUGCAGAUCUGUCUUCUAAGGCAGCAAGCACACCAAAGAAGAAAGCUUUUGUCCAGGCUAAGUUGACAGCCACCGGCCAGGUGACGUCUCCAGCAAAAGGCGCCUCUGUAACCAAUACUAAUCGUCGGAAAUUCUCUGGCUUCUCAGCCAAGCCCAACAACUUUGGGGAAGCCCCCUCCAGUCCUAACCUUAAGACUAGCCUGUCCUCAAGCAAAUGCGACCCUAAGCACAAGGAUUGUCUGCUACGGGAGUUUCGGAAGUUGUGCGCCAUGGUGGCUGAAAAUCCUAGCUACAACACGAAGACUCAGAUCAUCCAGGACUUCCUGCAGAAAGGCUCAGCAGGAGAUGGUUUCCACGGUGAUGUGUACCUAACAGUGAAGCUGCUGCUGCCGGGUGUCAUUAAGAGUGUUUACAACCUGAAUGAUAAGCAGAUUGUGAAGCUUUUUAGCCGCAUUUUCAACUGCAAUCCAGAUGACAUGGCACGGGACCUAGAGCAGGGUGACGUGUCAGAGACAAUCAGAGUCUUCUUUGAGCAGAGCAAGUCUUUCCCCCCAGCUGCCAAGAGCCUCCUCACCAUCCAGGAGGUGGAUGAAUUCCUCCUGCAGCUCUCUAGGCUCACGAAGGAGGAUGAGCAGCAGCAGGCCCUGCAGGACAUCGCCUCCAGGUGCACAGCCAAUGACCUUAAGUGCAUCAUCAGGUUGAUCAAACACGAUCUGAAGAUGAACUCAGGUGCGAAACACGUGUUAGAUGCCCUUGACCCCAAUGCCUACGAAGCCUUCAAAGCCUCACGCAACCUGCAGGACGUGGUGGAGCGGGUCCUUCUCAAUAAGCAGGAGGUGGAGAAGGAGCCAGGCCAGAGACGAAUGCUGAGCGUCCAGGCCUCGCUGAUGACCCCUGUGCAGCCCAUGCUGGCCGAGGCCUGCAAGUCCAUCGAGUACGCGAUGAAGAAGUGUCCCAACGGCAUGUUCUCUGAGAUCAAGUACGAUGGGGAGCGAGUGCAGGUGCAUAAGAACGGGGACCACUUCAGCUACUUCAGCCGUAGCCUCAAGCCUGUCCUACCUCACAAGGUGGCCCACUUUAAGGACUACAUCCCCGAGGCUUUCCCUGGGGGCCACAGCAUGAUCUUGGACUCUGAAGUGCUCCUGAUAGACAACAAGACAGGCAAACCUCUGCCCUUUGGAACUCUGGGAGUGCACAAGAAAGCCGCCUUCCAGGAUGCUAAUGUGUGCCUGUUUGUUUUUGAUUGUAUGUACUUCAAUGAUGUCAGCCUGAUGGACAGGCCUCUGUGUGAGCGGCGGAAGUUCCUUUACGACAACAUGGUUGAAAUUCCCAACCGGAUCAUGUUCUCAGAAAUGAAGCAAGUCACGAAAGCUUCGGAUUUGGCUGACAUGAUAAACCGGGUGAUGCGCGAGGGGUUAGAGGGGCUGGUGCUGAAGGACGUCAAGAGUCCAUAUGAGCCUGGGAAGCGGCACUGGCUGAAAGUGAAGAAGGACUACUUGAACGAGGGGGCCAUGGCUGACACGGCUGACCUGGUGGUCCUUGGGGCCUUCUAUGGGCAAGGGAGCAAAGGUGGCAUGAUGUCGAUCUUCCUCAUGGGCUGCUACGACCCUGGCAGCCAGAAGUGGUGCACCGUCACCAAGUGUGCAGGCGGCCACGACGACGCGACGCUCGCCCGCCUGCAGAAGGAGCUGGACAUGGUAAAGAUCAGCAAGGACCCCAGCAAGAUACCCAGCUGGCUGAAAAUCAACAAGAUCUAUUAUCCUGACUUCAUUGUCCCAGACCCAAAGAAAGCUGCCGUGUGGGAGAUCACAGGGGCUGAGUUCUCCAAAUCUGAGGCUCACACAGCUGAUGGCAUCUCCAUCCGAUUCCCUCGCUGCACUCGAAUCCGUGAUGAUAAGGACUGGAAAUCUGCCACUAACCUCCCCCAGCUCAAGGAACUGUACCAGCUUUCCAGGGAGAGGGCAGACUUCACUGUAGUGACCGGAGAUGAGGGGAGCUCCAGCGCAGGGGGCAGCAAUGGGGAGAACGGGGGCACCUUGGGGCCUGCUGUGUCCCGCAAGGCCCCCACAGCUUCCUCCAACAAACCCUCAGCCAAUGCCAAGAAGGCCGAAAGGAAGCUCAGUAGCCCCAACAGCAAAGGCGGCGACAAGCUGACUGCAAAGCCUUCCCCUGUGAAAGUGGGAGAAAAGCCAACCCUGAAGCCUUGUCCCAUGAAGGUGGGAGAAAAGCGGAAGGCUCCGGACGAGGCUCCGUGCCAAGCAAAGGUGCUGCUGGACAUCUUCACUGGGGUGCGGCUCUACCUGCCGCCCUCCACACCAAACUUCAGCCGUCUCAGACGCUACUUUGUGGCAUUCGACGGAGACCUGGUACAGGAAUUUGACAUGGCCUCCGCCACACAUGUCCUGGGCAGUGGGGACAAGAACCCCGAGGCCCAGCAGGUCUCUCCAGAGUGGAUUUGGGCAUGCAUCCGGAAACGGAGACUGGUAGCUCCCUGUUAGGACAGCUGUCUUCCCUUUCCCUCAAGCUACCCUGUCCCCUUCCACAUUACUGGACUGACUCAGGCAGCAGAGGAACAGUGUAGGGUGGGGAUGGACUUUCUUCCCCAAGCAAUGCGUCUUCCAAAACCCACCAACUGUUCAUGGUCAUCUUCUGGACCAUAAAUUAGUUGCUAUGGGUCCCACAAGUGAAAUCCGUUUCUCUUGCUGGUUUAAAUAGAUCUUUCAGAUCUGGGUGCUGGUUUUGUCCUCUUUUUUUCUUUAAAAAGCAGCUUAGUUUAGGCGGGGGGUUAAUAAAUACCUUGCAGUUGUCGCUGUCCUCUCACCACCUGCACCCCCUGUAAUUUCCCGGGCAGUUAAAGAAGUGAAGGCUGCAUUACUAAACUCUGGUCACAAAGCUCACCCUUGCAGAAGUCUUCUCACUCACCCCCUUUAUGUCCUGGCUUAUCUUAAAGUUGUAUUUAGAAGACUGCCAUCAGAAAUCCAUUUUUUAUUUGGAAAACUUGUAUUCAGCCUGGCUUCUUUUGCCAGGAAUGAAGCCUCAUUUGAAAGAAAACAAAAUGAACUUUUAUGACUUGAUUCUCUAUUUUCCUAUUACAAUCUGUGAGUCCCUGGUUUGGAGGGGAGGGGACUAGGAUCAGGUAGGAAAAUAGGGCCUUUGUGAAGAGGAGGGAUGUUAUUUGGGCUACUUCUCUGGGGGUGAUAGUACCGCUCCAGGAGGCUCUCCCUCCUCAAAAUCUAGAAACAAGACUGCUCUUUAAGAAUAAAAACCUUUACCUGAGGACAAAUAGACACUGCCUGCUUACAAACAAUGGCUCCUGAGGAUGAUUUAUUUGAAUAGAAGACAAUUUAGUAUAAAUGUAAGUGGUGUUCAGUAGAACUUUCUGUGACAGUGGAAAUAUCCUGAAAGUCUGUAUUGUCUAAUGUGGUAGCCACUAGGUACAUAUGGCUGUUGAGCACUUGAAAGGUGAGGAACUGAAUUUUUUAUUUCAAAUUUAAGUAUUGGACAACACAAAUGUAGGCAGACCCAGUUCAAAUCCCAACCCUGAAAUGUAAUAGUUCUGUGAUGUUAGCAAGUUACUUAACAUUUGAGCCUCCACUUCCCCAGGUAGAAGUGGGAUAGGAAUUACACCUAAAUGUGUAGAGUUAAGCGAGGUCCAGUACGUUAAGGCUUAGCACAGAGCCUAGGACACUGUUAUCAAGAGUGGAGAAAACCAACACUGGUGUGUAUGUCCAGAUCCUACUCAGGAGAGAGGGCCCUGCCUGUGACAUCAGCACUCUCAUCAGUCACCAUCUGGUUAGAGCCUUUUAGUAGCUUUCAUGUCCUACUUCUGUUGACUCCUGUCCGUUCUCCUUAUUAUCAACAAACUAGCAGGCUUACUUGCCCAUCUGCUGUGAGUUAGGUUAAUGGGACUCGCCCUCUGAAACCUACUUGAGUAUCUAGGCCUGUGAGAUCAAGGACCACUGCCUCCCUCCGACUGGUGCGUUCACCCAAGGUGAUAGCUGUGAGGCCACUUGCCAGUCAGCUUGGAGGCUAACUUUAACCCAACUGGCCUCCACCUACUGUUUAAAGGGCGGGGGGCGGGGG